CUAAAGCCAGUUACCCUUUCGUACUUCGUUUGAAAGGGACACUCCCAUUCUAGGGUUUUGCGAUCGGGGGGGAAAAACAAUUUUUUCCCUGAAAACUUCGAUCGUGAAUAGAAAAUGGCGAUCUAAGAGCUACAAUCAAUUCAAGAACAAAAACAAUGGAAGAAGGUUAUACCAGUAUCCCUUCGAGUCAAUUGCCCGGCUCCGUCCCCGCUGUGAUUCCUCAAGAUAAGAAGCCGACUCCAAGCGCAAGUGUGAUACCGAAUGCUAAUUUGCAACAUUUUCCACCGGCUAAUGGAGGUUAUCAGCCCCCUGGGAGUCCUUAUGAUGGAGAUGAACAAACAGCAAGUAACUGGAAGGGAAUCUUUAGCAUUUCAUCCUACCAGCCAUAUUUCAAUGUCGAUACCGAUGUUGUUGUUGAUAGGAUCAUCAGUUCAGUGUAUCCGAUGAAUGAUUUCCAUAGAAAGAUCGAUGCAAAUCCUGACAUGUAUGGCCCUGUUUGGAUCACUACAACACUGGUCUUCAUGCUUGCUUCCCUCGGAAAUCUUGCUACUUAUCUGAUACACCAGAGGGAUGAACAUGACACGGCAUGGAACUUUGAUGUUACCUAUGUGAAUUGGGCAGCAAGUAUUAUUUACGCCUACGCCUUAGCUGUACCAGCUGCAUUUUACUUCUUGCUUCAAUAUUUGGGAUCUAAUGCAAGCCUAACACGCCUAUGGUGCAUGUGGGGAUAUUCUUUGUUCAUCUUUAUCCCUAGUUCGCUGCUGUUGGUCAUUCCUGUCGAGCUUCUUCGCUGGAUCAUCAUAAUACUUGCUGGCUCUGCGUCUUCAUGCUUCAUCUUUCUGAAUUUAAAGGUCUAUACUCAGGGAAACAAUGAUCUCAUGGUGUUAGUUGUUAGUGCCUCCGUAUUGCAAUUUGCUCUCGCAAUUUUCAUCAAAGCUUUUUUCUUUGUAUGAGGCGAUAUUGGAUGGGUUUUUGGGUGAGCUUUCUUUGCAAUUUGUGACCUUUUGUCAUGUAUAAUGAAACUUCUGUUGAUGGUUUACUGUGAUAUUUUCAACCCAGAAAUGAUAUGCGUAUACGUAUUGUGGUACCUAUUUUGUGAA